UUGCGACAUGCAUUGGAGCCUGAUGCUCAGUGCUGGCAGCCGUCGCUCGCUUUCUGCCCAACCAUGUACGAGUGCAAAGGCUUCGCGUUGAUUGCCCUGUUUAUCCGUUUGAUCAAUCAAUCACCGCCACCCUGCCUCGAAGCAAGCAACGUGGAAGCAUCAAUUGAGACUCGAGGAAUGAAGCAUCCUGCAGAGGUACGAUGACAUGUAUAUGAAGAAUGCGAAGGACCCUAUCUCGGUUCCACGUGCCCUCCUGCCUGUAGUCCCAAGUUGCAUAAAUCAUGUAAUUUGACAGCUGCAUGCUGUCGACCGGGGCAUCGACAUGACCAUGCUAACGUUGAUAUGCAUCGACUCGCCUGCUGGCGCUUCUCCAUUGGACACAGUUCAUUCUCCAGUUCGUGUCCGUUUUAUGCACGGCUCGUGAGAAAUCCUUCUGCGCACCUCCAUGAGUAGCUGCCUGUAUCAGCGUAUAUAGCCCCCAAUUGCGCUGUCUUUUGUUCUUUUGUGCAUGCAUUCCCAAUUGAUUUCUAAUUGUUGUGCCACGCAAGCAAGCAAUCUGCCUCACCUCUUGCGCAUCCCCCCAACGGUUGUGUGAGACAAGCAGCCCACAUAAUUAGCAUCACGCUGCUGCUGUUCACCGCUAUAAAGUACAGAUACAUAUAAGCAGGGAGUGCCGCCCACAUUCGCCCGUCAAAGAUGGCGAAGAAGAAGAACAAAAAGACACAGAAGCAGGUGGAGUCGAAAUCUCCACCCCCCAGCCCCAAACCAGCGCCAACCGAGGAUGCUGUCUCUGCAGUACCUGCACCAGCCUCGCUGUCACUGUCUCCGGAAACGACCAAGCCAGCCCUCACCGAAUCGUUGCAGGACGUUCCCGAGUCCUCAUUGGACACGACAGACGCGGCAAAGAUCGACCAAAAAUUGGUCGAGCCACCCAUACAUACAGUCUCCACACCGACUCAACCAGAUACACAUCAGGAUAUAAUACAGGAUCCUCCCACUCAAGAGCCCGCAGCUGACUCUUCACUUCCCGCCCAGAGUGAGGAAUUGAAAGAGGAGGACAUCAUCCAACCGGCAGACGAGGCUGUCGUCUCUGCACCGACAGAGGAAACCUCCAGCGAUUGGGAUCAAGAUAAGAUCGAAGCCCCACCGGCUGUUCCAGAAGCCCCAGAACCGCCACCGCACGAGGCGACAGAACUACCGGUUUUGCCCAAGGCCCCAGAUCCACCAUCGUUUGCAGCACCGCCUGAGGAGGACGACUGGGGCUCUUUUCUGCCCAAGACUUCUAAGAAGAAAAAGAAGGGCAAGAAUCGCGCUCCAUCCCCCAAACCAGAGCCCAUUUUAUCUCAGCCGCCUCUUGAAACCCAGGCCCCGGCUUUUGAACCCAGCUUCUCGAAACCCGUGGAAGAGAAGUUUCAACCGCCAGUAGAAGAAAAGGCAUCGGAGUCCGUCAAGUCGAGCGGCGAUUUCAAGCCUGUUACAGCAGAAGACAAGGAACCUUUUGCACCGGAAGUAGUCAACGGCGAAUCGUCUGUAACUGAGACCGAGUCUACCACCCCUACUUUUACUACUGCCGAGUCGGUACACACGCCGGAGCCAGAACUACCGACACCGUCGAUUCAAGAGAAAGAGAUUCCCGAAGAGACCAAGCUACCGGAACUGUCACCAGAGAAAGUCUUAGAAGAAGCAGAAGUAAAGGGCCCACCACCCACCGAAGAGAGUCUGCCGUCCGUUCAGGCAAAAGAAGAAGUAAAGAUACCAACAUCCACCAAAAGUCCAUCACCUACAAUCAGCAGCGUUUCUCCUUCAGUACAGAGCCCGACAGUCUCAACAUCGGCGUCACCACUUCCAGCGCCAGUCUCUGCGGAGCCAGUACCUCCACCAGCUACAAAAAGCCCAAUACCGUCGGUGAAAAGUCAACCCGUACCAAGAACAGCAUCGCCAGCUCCAGCACCAGCCGCAUCGGAGCCAGCGCCUUCGUUGGUCGCGAAAAGCCCAACGCCAUCAGCGAGAAGCCAAACAAUACCAAAAUCGACGUCUCCGAAACCAGCACCAGUAGCAACUGAGCCGAAACCGAAUCCUCCACGGCCCAUUGCUACUGAGCGACCUCCGGUGCCAAAGCCGGCAGCAGUCAACCAGAUCAUCGAGGAAAGCAGACCUCCAGCUGCUCCGUCACCACCCGUUUCCAGAGUUCGUCCCCGACACACGUCUGCGUUUGACGACGACGACGAGGACGACGAAGAAGAUACUGCUCUCGUACGCCCAAGAUAUAGAGGAGAAGCUCUGUCUCGCGACUCUUCUCGAGAGGAAGCUUAUCCUCCGCCUGGCCCUCCACAUUCUCGUUCGGUAUUCGCAUCAAGAGUGCCCGUUGAACAUCACUCUAAUUCACAACAUCCACCACCUCCCCACCAGCCACCACCCGGUUAUCACCAUCCUCAAUAUUACCCCCCCGCUGCUCCGUCAUACUAUCAUGGCCCGGAUCCUAUGAGCCAAUCUGCAUACUCCAAUCACCCAUCGUACGGACAUUCUUCACACACUUCCCAUUCAUCCUCGCCAUAUCGUGAGUCGUGGAACCACGGCCCACCUAAUUACGGCCCAUACAGCAGUCGAAACCCGCAUGAAAGAUACGAUUCCUUGGGACCAAGGGAUUAUAGAAGAGUACCCGCUCUUGAAAACGGAUCUGCAAUUGCUGAUGAGGGCGACGUCUUCUCUCGCAUUUCUCAAGCGAUCCCCGAUCUUCACGAAUUACUAGCCAAGUACAAAGAGACUCACGGGCAGCUUGGAGUACGAGAAGAAUUGCUUCGUAGAGCAGACGCUGAACAACAAGAACGGCUUCACCAGAAAGAGCAGGAGAUCCAUUCAUUGAGAGACAGACUAGCACGUUCGGAGGCCAGACACGCAUCCGAGGCAAGCAGAAUGAGACUCGAGAUCGGAAACAUGGAAGAGCAGGUCAAGGAUCUAAAGGAACAGCUGGCAGAGACCAGCAAAUUCAAACAGGACGCCGAGCAUUUGAAAGUCACGCUUGACACGGCAACAAAAUACUGGGAGUCAAGGCACAAAGACCUGGAAGAUGCGCACUCUACCCUACAACGAACUUCUGCCGAAGAAUCCGCCAAAUCCCGCCAGGAAUUUGACGAGUGGAAGUCCACCGCGACGACCAAACAUGAUGCAGAGAAAAUUGCGCUUGCCAUCCAGUUCGACAAGAAAUUGAAAGAGGCCGAUGUUUUGGCUGAAAAGCUACGCGAGGAAGCUGCUGCUGCUUUUGCAAAGGAAAAGGAAGAUCUGCAAUCCGACCACCAGAAGCAGCAAGACGAACGUGAAGCCAACUUCGACAACCUUCGCAAGGAGCUGGAAACUAAAUUGGGCGCUACACAGCUCGAUUGUGAGCAGGCCCUCAGACGUGAACGUGAUGGCAUGGAAGUCUGGGCCAAAGAAAGAAGCACACUCGUUCAAUCACAUCGCGAAGAUAUCGAGAGCAUGCGAAAGACCUGGGACGAGCAACGUGCUCUCCUAGAGGGUCAGCACAGAAAGAUCAAAGAUGAGUCUGACAAAGCAUGGAUUGACUUGCACACUGAAGCCAAUCGCAAGGCUGACGAGCGCCAAACGCUCGUAGAUCAGCUCGUGAAAGAGAAGGAGGAACUACAGAAACAGUACAACGAGCUCAAGUCGGAGAGUGGCAAGGAGAGGGACAUCAUCAAGAGUGUGGCGAACAAUCUUGAAUCGGAAAAGACUAGAUUGGAAAAGUUGAUGGAGUGUUAUGGAGAUAUUGCCGAGAUCAAGAGCAAAGGCGACACAUAUUACUUGGUAUCGUUUAUGCAGCUCCAAAAACAAAUCAUGGAUCUUGCAGCUACGCACUUUGUACACCUUCCAGUGGCUCCGCCGCCAGAAGAUCUGGCUUUGGUACCUUCUUCGCUGCCCUCACAAGUACGUUCAGCCUAUGUCGCUCACACCAUCUCGAAAUUGGUGACCUACCGCGUUUUUGGCCCAUUCUUGUUCAGCCUUGGCCGGCGCUAUGAUAAAGCAGACUCGCUUUUCUCCUCGAUGAGCAAUCACAUUCGCGAGAAAAGUACCCGAAAAGAAACUAUCUGGCGGCAACAGACACUUCUUGCCGCAUUCACUAGUAGCGGUGCAAAGCAACGCAUUAACACAGCUGCUGGUACGGUUGUGGAAGAGAUUGUCAACGCCGUCAAGAAUUUCACAGCCCCGAAAGAGGAGGAAGCCAUCAAGAUCGCCGUGAAACGAAUCGUGAAGCUUGCAGCAGAGACUUGGCGAUUUGCCAGACUUGAGCGUGAACUAAUUUCAGCUACUAUGCCUGCCAUCGAAGACGAAGAACAUGAGUUCACCGGCCCCGAAUUUUGGCCUCCACACAAAUCCGACUCGACACCGAUUGCCUCGUUGGCUGGCACCGCCCCGCCAUCUGACGAGCGGCCCAGACUUCUGUUGCGACUGUUCCCAGUCAUCUAUCGCGAACCACAGCACGAGAACUUCAGGGAGCCUGGGGAUGAACAGCCAGAUGAAGGAUGUAUUUACCAUCAUGGGGUCGCUUUAUACGACGACGCAGAGCCAGUAGUCCAGAGAGCGGAGGAGCUCAGAGCAGCAGAACCCUUACCUUCACCACCAGCUACAGAGAAAACAAGUGAGGGAGUGAAAUCUCCAGAGUCAGAGGUCCCCAGCAAGGCUCCUUCUAGCAAAGCUCCUUCUAGCAAAGCUCCUUCUAGCAAGGCUUCUAGCAAGUCAAAGUCUACAUCGGGUAAAUCGACCGACAAGGCAUCUACAGUAGCCAGUACUCAAAAGUCAGAAGCUACGGAUAAGAGAUCCGAACACUCAUCCAUUCCACCUCUUCCUGUACCGACAGAAGUAUCGGAAGCGCAAUCAGCGCCUAAAGCAUCUGUUCGCUCCAAAUCCUCUGUUCGGUCCAAAUCGCCACCCGUCGUUGAAGCUUCUGAAAAGGUGUCUGCUAUCUCAUCCAUCCCACCGCCUCUGCCAACUCCCACAGAGCUCUCAGCAGCGCAAUCGGCACCAAGAUCCUCGCGAUCCAAACGAUCCUCAGCGACGUACACCCGUCCACCACCCGGACCAGUCGACUACAACACCCCCAAAGACCCGUCCCUCCCAGCGCCAACAGAGAGCAUCGCAACCUCCCACGGCGACCCAGCCACCGCAUCCGUCAUAUCCUCACUCCCUCUCCCCGCGCCCACGGAAAGCAUCGCACCCUCCACCCACGGCCUCCUCGCCCACGAACUCCUAAACUCCAAGCCAAAACCCACACCAGCCCCAACCCCCAACGAAUCCGCCAUCCUCCCACCUCCAACAAUCCCCCCCGAACCAACCCGCGCAGCUCCAUCCCCGCCUCCAAACCCCUCCGCAGACCCAGCCCCCCUCGACCGCCCCAUCUCCCCCCUCUUCGCCGCCAUCGACGAAAUCGACGCCCUAGACACCCACCGCUCCCGCAACCCCUCCACCCCCCGCUCCCACCGCUCCCGACGCUCCUCCCGCCCCACCGCGCCCCCAACCCCAGACGAAGACCUAGACCCCCAGCCCCGCGCCGCAACAGCCCCAGAAUCCCUGCGUCGCCCCACCCCGUCGUACACCCUCUCCCACCGCUCCUCCGACAACGCCAGUCUGCGCUCCGAUAAAACGGACCGCACAGACCGCACCGAGCGCUCGUCCGGCAGUAAGUACAUCUGCGAGAGCCGCAGCGCGGCUGUCAAGGGCUUGUAUCCCAACAGCCCGUUGGCGGGGGCGAGUCCGAAUUUGAGCCGCGCGGGCUCGUUUAGGCAUUCUGCGGGUGGAGGGGGUGGGGGUGUUGGUGCUUCUGCUGCUGCGGGAGGGGAGAGGGACAAGGAGAAGGAGAGGAAGAAGGGGAGGAGUGAGGGGGUUAGUGAGGCUGGCACUUGGGAUACGAAUUCUCAUCAGAGCUUGACCAGUGUGGAAGUCAAUGGCGAGAAUUCGGUUGUUACCAAGGGUUGAUGGAUAUAUGGGUGUGGUGUGGUUGCGGUAUGUGUUUCCAGAUUGUCCUAUGAGUUGUGCAUCUCUUUUCUGCUUUUUAUUUUGUUGGUUGAUUUUGUUGGUUGAUUUUGUUGUUGUUUUUGUUGUUGUCGUUGUCGUUGUUGUUUCGAUUAAUUUGCAUUUAUUGCGUGCGAAAAGGAGAGCAAAUCGUCGUU